UAGCCAUUCGCCACAAAAUAAAAAAAACUUACAUGAAUUGAAACAAGAAAUAACUGCGGCGUGUUGGUGAAAUUGGCACUGCGCCGCUGUCACAUUCUCACCCAACAACAAGAACAGCAGCAAUUCUCUUUCUCUUUUUCACAAGGUCUGAACAUCCGCCGCUAUUCUCUUCUUUUCUUCUUCGGUUAUACAGACCUCCCCGUCUAAUCAAGAUGAACAACUUCAUCAAGCUCUGCUCGCUCAACGCCGUGAGAUCCCUCCGCCACUCUCAGUCGCCGGCGGCGACGCUCCGGACCAUGACCACCUGCAAUUCGCUCCUCCGCAGCCACUCGAUUGCGCCCACCCCGCCUUUUUUUUAUGAAUACCUCCGACACUUGCCUGAAUACAGCUACCCUAAGUUUGAUCUUCCAAAGAAUUGGGGUCAUCUUACUGUGCCGGAAGAUAAAGCUUAUGUGAUUGAGCGCUUUAGGGAAUACCAUCGGGCACUGCACGCUGGGUCUCAUUUUUUAAUUCCACUAGUUGACAAAGUUGCUUUCAUAUAUUCACUCAAAGAGGAGGUCUUUCAUCUACCAGAGUUCAUACACUUUAUCGUGGAUGGCCAGAGGGUGUACGCUAAUGGUGUUAUCCACCUAACGAUUGUCGAGCCCCUUUAUGUCUCCAGAAGAUGUGGUGGCCGUCCUUUCAAACGCGUGCUUUCAUAUGCUCAUACCAUCAUGUGCUCUGAAAUUAUAGACAGCUCUCUUGAGUGUAUUGAAAAGCUCGAACAACAUAUACAAAAAAAUAUCACCAGCGUUGUAUCGGAAUUUGGGGUCGAAUGCACGCAGUGUAGAAUUAGGGUCAAAGCCGAGGAGUUUUACCAAGCAAAGGAAGAGAUCCGAGAUCCGGAAAUCUUUACAAAGGUGUGGCCAGAAGAGUUGAACGAGGAAGCAUUUAAUAAUUUAAAAAAAUUUAUAAAUCUAGACGCCUGAAUUGGUCAUGUCCAAAACAAGGAUAUCAAGAAGUUUCUUGAUUGCAUCUGUGAUAGUGAGAGGUUCCUAAUGAAGGCUGUUUAUGUUUUAUGUGGUAUUGCCGAACUAGUUUACUAGUACGGACUUCCGUAGUUUUCUUAAUGUUGUGGACAACUUCAAAAUUUUGGUUACAUUUUUGGUGAUCGAAAUAAUAUCUAAUGUUUCAUAUGGGUAUGA